AUGAUCGGGAACCGCGCGGACAAUUCCAGCACCUGCAGUAUCAGCCUCAAGGAGUCGGGUCACCUCUACCGCGGAACCAACUCGAAGAGUGCGAGCGGUGUUAGCGAGAAAAGACUCGGCUCCCGACCACGGCGCCCUCUGGGAACUGUAGUUUACGCUGCUUUGGAGCUGGUGCAAUCACGGAAGCACUUCGUUCCAGUACUAAACUACAGCUCCCCAGAUCCCAGUGGCUUCUCACGCCCUUCUCCCUGCGCUGUUAGCCUAUUGCAAAGUAGUCCCCGAGGGAGAGCCGCUGUGAUUGGAGGAUGGUUACAAGCGCAUGGUUUAGCCCACGGAGGAAAGGUCCUGCCUGAUGGCACCCAGCAAUUGGCGGGAAAGGAAGGGUGUGUAACUCGAGGGAAGAGGGACGGACUCUCAUUCGCAUUCUGGAGGGGCGGGGAAUUGACGUGUCGGAAGACUGGCCGGCUUCUCAGGUUGCUAAGCGACGAGGCAGGAGCGCGCGCACACUCGGGCCGCCGGGAGGCACCUGAGAGAACUGCGGCGGCGGCGUCCGCUCGGAGGCUGAGGAGGACCGACGGGCACACCGCGUCGUCCUGGGGCUGUGCGGGGGUGCCCCCUCGGAGGAGGCCCGGGGCCGCUUGUCUUCCUCACUUCAAGGACGGAGAUUUCUGCCAUCAGAUGUCUUUCUGCUUGACUGAACUGCACUUGUGGUCUUUGAAGAAUACCCUACAUAUUGGGGACAGAGACAUCGGGACUUACCAGUAUUAUGACAAGAAAGAUCUACUAGUGACAGAACAUGGUAACUUAGAAGAAAAACAGAAGCUGGCAGAAUCACGAGAUUAUCCUUGGACGCUCAAAAACAGGCGCCCAGAAAAGCUUCGAGAUUCACUCAAGGAGUUGGAGGAGCUGAUGCAAAACAGUCAGUGUGUGCUGAGCAAAUGGAAGGACAAAUAUGUCUGUCAGCUCCUCUUUGGUUCAGGUGUGCUGGUAUCGCUAAGCCUUUCUGGGCCACAGCUGGAGAAAGUGGUGAUCGACAGAAGCCUGGUGGGGAAGCUCAUCUCAGACACUAUCAGUGAUGCUCUUCUCACAGACAGUUUUAUCAUCUUAUCAUUUUUGGCACAAAACAAACUAUGUUUUAUUCAGUUUACCAAGAAGAUAGGUUCUCCUGAUGGAAACAAAAGACUGGAAAAACUCUCAGCCUUGGAUUAUAAGAUUUCCUAUUAUGAAAUACCUGGUCCAGCAAACAGGACAACAGAGCGCCGUCUAGCUAUCAAUUAUGUUCAGGAUAUGGUUGUUUGCUGGUGGCCCCUGUACAGUGAUGAUGCUUGGCCUUGGGCCCCUAUUUCUUCUGAGAAGGACAGAGCCAAUCUGCUGCUCCUGGGUCAUGCUCAAGGAAGGCUAGAGGUUCUGAGUUCUAUCCGUACAGAAUGGAACCCACUGGAUGUUCAUUUUGGCACCAAACUGCCUUAUCAGGUGCUCACAGUGGAAGGCUCCACCGGUGGAGACAAAGAGCCCAUGGCUGACAGCUGCAUUUAUGAGUGUGUUCGGAACAAGAUCCAGUGUGUGUCAGUCACCAGAAUACCGCUAAGAUCGAAGGCCAUCAGUUGCUGCAGGACUGUUACCGAAGACAAACUGAUUCUGGGCUGUGAAGAUUCUUCAGUAAUUCUUUAUGAAACUCACCGUAGAGUGACGCUCUUAGUCCAGGCUGAACUUCUGCCUUCAUUAAUAAGCUGCCACCCAAGCGGCGCCAUUCUGUUAGUUGGCAGCAACCAAGGGGAGCUGCAAAUUUUUGAUAUGGCUCUGUCCCCUAUUAACAUCCAGCUUUUGGCUGAAGACCGCUCACCGAGGGCAACGCUGCAAUUCAAUAAAUACUUUAAUGUCGCCAGUAGCCUCGUUCAAAUGCAGUGGAUAGCACCUCAGGUUGUUUCUCAGAAGCCUGAAAGUAGGGACAUUUAUGAUCUCCUCUUCCUUAGGUUUGACAGAGGACCCUUGGGUGUGCUUUUGUUUAAACUUGGUAUCUUUACACGGGGACAGCUGAGCCCAGUGGACAUGAUCUUCCAGUACAUUCACUGUGAUGAGAUCUGUGAGGCCAUAAACCUCCUAAGCAGCAUGAACUGGAACACUCUGGGUCACCAGUGCUUUGUCAGCAUGAGUGCCAUUGUAAACCAUCUUCUCAGACAAAAGCUCACUCCAGAGAGAGAAGCACAGCUUGAGGCAAGCCUUGGGACCUUCUACGCUCCAACAAGACCACUCCUGGAGACCACUGUAUUGGAAUAUAGAGACCAGAUCAGCAAAUAUGCAAGGAGGUUCUUCCACCACUUGCUCAGGUACCAGAGGUUUGAAAAGGCAUUUCUCUUAGCUGUUGACAUUGGUGCUCGUGACCUGUUUAUGGACAUCCAUUACCUUGCACUAGAUAAGGGUGAAUUGGCACUAGCUGAAGUGGCAAGGAAAAGAGCUAGCGACAUUGAUGCAGAAUCAAUAACCUCUGGAGUUGAACUCCUGGGGCCCUCAGACAGAGGGGAUAUGCUAAAUGAAGCUUUUGUUGGUCUACCAUUAGCACCUCAAGGGGAAGACACAUUUCCAGAUAACCUUCCUCCCUCUGGUUCAAUCCAUAGACAUACUAUUCAACAAAGAACACUGAGUGGCUCUUCUAAUAGGUAAGAGAUGUUGAAUUAAGAAAAUUGUUCCAUAAAGGACAGUAUUUAGCAUUUCAUAUUAAACAAUUUUAAU